AUGGUCGAGAGGUGGAGACCAGAGACACAUACUUUCCAUAUGACCCAAGGUGAGAUGACUAUCACCUUGCAAGAUGUGGCAGGCAUAUUAGGCUUGCCUACUAACGGGGUUGUCGUCACCGGCUCUACCUCUGAGGAUUGGUCCGCUGCUUGUGGGGCUGUAUUUGGCGCGGUUCCACAGCCAAAUGAGUUCCAUCAUUCAGGCGAUUUGCGUAUCUCAUACUUAGAUCGGUUAUAUACCCGAUGGACCGAUCAUGUCGGGGAUCAUGAUGCCGAGAUCUACUUCACAAAGGCGCACAUUGCCAGGAUGCUGGGUUCUUGGUUGCUGGCGGACAAGUCUUGA